AUGUCAAAUUCAGAUAAUUCUUCUAAUGCAAAAUCAUCAUCAUGGACUUCAUUCUUAAAGUCAAUUGCUUCCUUCAAUGGUGAUUUGUCUUCUUUGACAGCGCCACCUUUUAUAUUAUCCCCAACUUCCUUGGUUGAAUAUUCUCAAUACUGGGCUGAACAUCCAGAUUUAUUUGUUGCUCCAAGUUUAAUUAAAACUACUGCCAAUCCUUCUAAAGAAGAAUCAGAAGCUAUCACAUUAAAACAAAUGAUUGCCGUUACUAGAUGGUUUAUCUCCACCUUGAAAUCUCAAUAUUGCUCUAGGAAUGAAACCAUGGGAAGUGAAAAGAAACCAUUAAAUCCAUUCUUAGGUGAACUUUUUGUUGGUAAAUGGGAAGGUGAAGAGACCGGCGAAACCGAUUUGGUUUCUGAACAAGUUAGUCACCAUCCACCGGUUACUGCUUAUGCUGUCAAGAACAAGAAACACAAUAUUGUGUUACAAGGUUAUAAUGGUAUCACUUCUAGUAUUUCCACCACCUCUAUUAAUAUUAAACAAUAUGGUCAUGCAUUACUUGAACAUCCAGAAAUUGGUGAAACCUUCUUGGUCACUUUGCCACCAUUGCAUAUUGAAGGUUUAAUCACCGCCUCACCAUUUGUUGAAUUGGAAGGUACUUCAUUUAUUCAAUCAUCUACUGGUUACAUUGCUGUUAUUGAAUACAGUGGACGUGGGUGGAUUUCCGGUAAGAAGAACACUUUCAAAGCUAGAAUUUACCGUGAUGAAUUGGCUAGUGCUGACAAAGGAAAUGCAUUGGUUUCUAUUCAAGGACAAUGGUCCGGUAAAUCUUAUAUUGCCAAAGGAUACUCUUCUCCAACUUCGAAGGACGAAGUUUUCUACGAUGCUAGUAAAAACGUUACCCACCAUUUAAAGGUCAAACCAAUUGAAGAACAAAACCCAUUAGAAUCUAGAAAAGCAUGGUUUAAAGUUGCUGAAGCCAUUAAAAAAUCAGAUUACAACUUGAUUGCUGAAGAAAAAUCAUUAAUUGAAAACCAACAACGUGAAUUGAGAAAAUCUGAAAAAGGAGCCGGUAUUUCUUGGGAAACUAGAUGGUUUGACAAGGUAGACUAUUUAGACAAAAAUGGUGAACCAGUUAAAGAUGAGUUUACAAGCUUAACAAACAUGGCCAACUUGUCAAUUUACAAUGCACCAUCUGGAACUUUGAAGAAAUCCAAAUACGAUCAUGGUGAAGCUAAACAUUGGAGAUUCAACAAACAAAAAUUGGAUGCUGAAAAGGAAAUCAAAUUUUAG